GAUAAUAGAAAAACUGGGAAAAAUAAGAUAAAAACAUUGAAAGAUUUUGCCACAUGGUUGAAGCCUACGGAAGAGUUAGCAAUAAUGCUAACAGCCGAAACCACUAAGAAACAAGACAAUUCUCAAAGGCUCCCACAUAAUAUUCAAUCUGUCAAUCGCGAUACUCGACCGCAGCAACGAAACAGCUCUUAUAACAAUCCACCUCCUAGAUCUCGAUUUAGAUGCCUCAUUUGUGGCUAUGAUCACAGAGCCACUGAUUGCCAAGAAUUUAAAAAUAUGCCAAUAGAACGAAGAUGGGAAACCGUGAGACGUAUGCGCAUCUGUGUUAACUGUUGCAAUCAAACUAACCACGAUGCACAUAGUUGUUAUUUGCCUCCGCAAUGCAGGCAAUAUGGUUGUCGGGGAAGACACCACACCUUGCUCCAUCGCAUUUCAAUCCAGAACCCAACUACACCGGUACGCACGGAAAAUUUAAACAUUCACAAGGAACCGGAAUUACCUGAAAUAUACUUUCAAAUUAUACCUGUGACCAUUCGCCACGGGGAUAAUGAACUUGAGACCUUUGCCUUUAUGGACUCAGGGUCUUCCGCAAGUUUGAUUUUACGCGAUCUCAAAGAAGAACUGCAAGUGGAGGGAUCACCUCGGCCAUUUUCUUUGGCUUGGACAAACGGAUCCAUUCAGGAGGACCAGGCAGCCAAACUGUGUCCAUUUUGAUUAAGGACCAGUCUGGAAAAUUUAUUAACCUUGAUGGCCUGAGAACAGUAGAGUCAAUGGAGCUACCAAAACAAACCGUUGAUGGAGCAGCGCUUAAAAGAAAAUAUCGGCAUUUAAAGGGAAUUCAUUUAGCAAGCUAUCGCGAUGGACUACCCAAAAUAAUUAUCGGGUUACCACAUGCUCACCUCAUGUGUGCAUUACGCACCAAAUUAGGACGCGCGGGAGGACCAAUAGCUAUGCAAACCCACCUGGGGUGGGUAUUAUUAGGAGCAAGUAGUUCAAAAUCAAAACAGGAAAGAUUGUUUUCUCUCAUGGAGAAUGGCAAAGAAGAAAAAACAAUGGCGGAUCUAAUGAAAGGGUAUUUUUCUACCGAAGAGUUCGGUGUUAAGCUCGUCACCAACUUGCCUCAAUCAAAAGAAGAAGAGAGAGCAAAAAUACUAAUGAAGGAAACAUUAAAUAAAACGAAGAACGGGUAUGAAAUAGGUCUACUAUGGAAAAGAGAUGAGAUCAGACUCCCGGAAAGCUUCGCUCAAGCACUAAGAAGACUGCAAUGUUUAGAAAGGAAGAUGGAAAGAGACGCGAUACUAAAGAAAUGGUAUCACGAAGAGAUAGCUGCAUAUUGUCAAAAGGGAUACGCUCAAGCGAUCGAAGGGAACAAUCUGUUGAAAGAUGAACAUAACCCCAAACUAAAUUACAUACCGCACUUUGCUAUAAUAAAUUACAACAAGCCCAAACCUAAACCGAGACUUGUAUUUGAUGCUGCAGCAAAAAAUAAUGGCAUAUCACUUAAUUCACAAUUGCUGUCCGGACCUGAUGCAGUUGCAUCUCUUUUCGGCAUACUGAUCCGCUUUAGAGAGGGACGCGUGGGCAUUUCAGGUGACAUCAAGGAAAUGUUUCACCAAGUGGGCAUAAGGCAGGAGGACCGUUGUGCUCAAAGAUUUCUUUAUCGUAGCAACCCAAAUGAUAAACCACAAAUUUUCGAAAUGAAGGUAAUGACCUUCGGGGCAACAUGCUCCCCCGCAUGCGCCCAGUUCGUUAAGAACGAAAAUGCAGCACUUUUUCAAACGAGGUAUCCGGAAGCAGCGAUUGCAAUUGUCCGCAACCAUUAUGUGGAUGAUUAUCUAGACAGUUUCGAUUCUGAUGAAUUGGCGAUCAAGAGAACAAAGGAAGUGAUAAAUAUACACGAUGAAGCGAAAUUCUAUAUCAGAAAUUUUUUAUCGAACUCAGUUAAAGUAUUGGAAAGUCUACCUAAAGAGAGAGUGAGUGACUCCAACCUGAUGAAAAUAUGUGAAUCAGACAACACAUAUGAUAAAAUCCUCGGUCAGUGGUGGGAUAGAGAAAGGGACUCACUUAAGUAUAUAAUAAAAGGCUUAAUAGAAACAGGAGGGAAUGCCACUAAAAGAAUAUUACUAUCAAACACAAUGAAAAUUUACGACCCCUUGGGAUUAAUUGCUAACUACGUGGUAGAAUCAAAAAUAUUAAUGCAAGACAUCUGGAGGCAAGGAUUGGAUUGGGAUGAUAAGUUGCCGGCGGAGCUGCAAAGGAGAUGGCAGGAAUGGGUGGUAAGGAUGAAGGAAGUGGAGACAAUUAACAUUCCCAGAUGCUACUCAUCGGUAUCAGAGGUGCUAAGGCGUGAGCUUCACGUGUUUGUAGACGCAUCUGAAAAGGCGUUUGCAGCAGUGGCCUGCAAGCAGCAGUUCUAG